AUGUUAACUGAUCAAGUAAGUAAAUCUGAACGAUUUCGAAAUGUUUUCAAAACGUUUAACAUUUACUAUGCAAAUCGAAAUUUAUCUAAAUCAGAACAAUUGAUUUCAACAAGAAUUGUCAUUUCUUUACUAAUAUUAUCAAUCUUGAUUAUUAUUCUAUCGACAAGUUUUACUAUUCAAACACAAAUUUUUACUGUUAAUUAUCCAUCGGAAGAUGUUUUUAAUCAACUAUCGAUAAAAUUUCCUUUAAAUUUAACGCUGACAUGUUUAUGUCAACAAAGUUCAAUCAAUCAAGGUGAAAUUGUUUCAUUCAAUCCUUCAUAUCAUCCAAUAUGUUCAAGUCAAUUUGUCAAUGAAACAUUUCUUCUAUCAUUAAGUGAUAUAUAUGUAAGUGAUUAUUAUCCAUUAGAUUAUCGUCUUAUGCUUUCAUCACAUAUUCAAUUUCUUCAAAUAUUUUGUCGAACGAUCAACGAAAAAGUCAUUGAUGUCUUACGAAAGUUUUCUUCCGAAUAUUUUAUAACAACUCAAGUACUAUCUUUUGAAAAUCUUCAAACUCAAUUGGCAAUAUUAGUAAAACAAUUGCAACAAAAUACAAUGGCUCUUUAUAAAUACGUUAAUGAUUUCAUUUGGUACAAUAUUUUUUAUAAUGUGCUUCUCACAGGAUUGCGUUCGAAUGUUUUUAUAGUGUCGCAAGAUGCGAACUCUGGACUUAGUUACUCGGCAGAUCAAUACGGAACAGUAUCAAAUAGUUGUAAUUGUAGAAAAGAUGAUACAUGUGUUCAUCCUGCUUAUAUUUAUAAUGAUACAGGACGAAUAGGAAAUGUUGGAAUAUUUGGUACAACUGAUGAGAAUUCACAUGUUAUGUUAAUUUUACCAAAUUUAAAAGUUGGUUGUUUUCCAUAUAAAUCUUUAUUAAGUUCAACAUUUCAGUGUUUUUAUAAUCAGUCAUGUCUUAAUUCACUUCAAGAAUAUAUUCAAAGCUUUUCACUUAUUUCACCAUUAAAACCUUCUCGAUUUGCUCCAGAAACGCUGUUAAAUGAUUUGUUGAACAGUUUAUUGAUUGAAUCAUGGAAUGAAGUAUAUAAUUUUAGUAGAUAUUAUGAAAUAUGUUCACCAAAAUUAUGUACAUAUUCAUAUGAUCGAUCAUUCAAUAUGUUAUAUAUGGUUGUUACUGUUAUUAGUCUUUUUGGUGGAUUAAAAGUUAUUUUAUUUCUUUCAACACCAUUUCUUAUUCGAUUCUUCAAAAGAAUUGAUCGAUUCUUUUUCCAUAGAAAUCAAAUAACAAAUAUUGAAAGCAAUGAAAAUCAAAAUGAAAGUAUAGCUAUGAAAAGUCGUUUGACCAGAAUUUAUAAAAAUACACGCCAACAGAUUCAAACAUAUAAUAUGUUUCCAUUAUCUCGAGAUGGAAUUUAUUCUACACGCAUUUAUAUUUUAUUUUUAUUUCUUGGCUUAAUUAUUUUAUUAUUUUAUUCAUCAAUUUCUACACAGAUUCGUUCGAUAACAAUAAAAAACCCAACAUUUGAUAUUUAUAAACAAUUAUUCCAAAAGUAUUCCUCAACAUUAACAUGUUCAUGCUCACAAAUCUCAAUAAAAUAUUCCUCAAUAAUAAAUAUAAGUACAAUUUUACAUCAAGUAUGUUCAAGCGACUUUAUUCAAGGUGAUAAAUGGUUAUUGUAUGGUUCAAAUAUCUUCACAAAUAUAUACAUAAUUGAUUUUCGUAGCACAGGUAUGGGAAUAUUUCGUGUACUUCAGAAAAUAUGUCAUUUAUCUAUUGAAACAAUAACCAAUGAACUUGCUAUCUUUAAUAAUUUGGAUUUUUUUUCAACUGAAGUAUUGACAAAUGAUACAUUUUAUACACAAAUAUUAUCGAUUAUUGAACAAUUUAAACGACAAACUCUUUCUUCUUUUCGUAAUUUAUAUCAACUUGUUCAAGUUUCUAUUCAAUUUAAUCAUUUCAUAAUUCCAUCAAGUUAUGAUACUGGUUUUUUGACAUAUAAAACUAAUUCUACUGAACAACUGUUCUUUUGGUCACUUAAGAAAUUUAAUAAUUAUAAUUGUUCAUGUACUCUGAAUGAUUUAUGUACAGAAAGUAUAGGCAUAUUCUGUUCGUCAUCGUCUUGUUCAACAAAUGAUAGUAAAGUUGUACUAGAAGUACCUGAUUGGUAUUUAAGUUGUUCACCUAUCAAUUCAUUAUCAUUAUCUUCAUUGACAUGUUUUUAUAAUUCCUCAUGCGUUCAAAUGUUAAUAGAUAGUUAUUCACUCGGAAUGCCUUCAACUAAGAUUGAUCCACGUGCGGCUAAUGUAACACCAUUAGAUCCAUUAUUAAAAAGUCGUUUUAAACCUUCAACAAGAUUAGAGGAUAUUAUUUCUCAAUUAUUUGUUGAAGAAUGGAUUAAUUCAACUAGUUUCGAACAGUAUUAUCAUAAAUGUUCACCAAAUCAAUGUGAUUAUACAUAUGAGGAACGUUUUAGCAUAUCGUAUAUCAUCACAACGAUUGCUGGAAUUAUCGGUGGAUUAUCAGUUGCAUUAAAGAUAUUAGUACCUAUUUGUGUUACGUCAAUUCGACGAAUUUUUCAUUAUUGUUGUUCCAAUAAGGACCAAACUAACGAAGAAGAAAAUAAUCAACAAACACAUUUCACUUCUAUUAUCCAAAUCCGAAAUAAACUUCAACAAAUGAAUUUCUAUCGUCAAGGACAAAUAAAUAAUGAUAUUUUACCAAUUAAACAACAACGUAGUGCAACUCGAUUUUACAUAAUAUUAUUUGUAAUUUCAUUCGGAAUUAUUUUAAUUUUUCUUAAUCUUGAUACACAAAUCACUUUAGUAACAAUAUCUUCACCAAGCUUAUCAACAUUUGAAGGCUUAAAUAAGAAAUAUUCUUCGACAUUAACAUGUUCAUGUUCAAAUAUUGCUAUAUCAUAUUCCUCAUUUAUUACAAUUUCCGUAUCAACUUAUCAUCAAAUUUGUUCAACUGAUUUUGUUUCAUUAAAUUUUAUAACAUUACUUUGGGGCAGCGAUGAUUGGCUGGAAUAUGGACUAAAUUACGAUAAAAAAAUCUUAAGUAGUUUAUUUCGUAUAUUAUCAAUGUUGUGUACAAUAGCAAAAGAUACAAUUGAAGAUAAUAUUCAAACAUUUUUCAGCAAACAAAUCAUUACUUUGAAACCAUUAACACGUUAUUCAUUUCAAAAUCAAAUUGAUUCAGUUAUCGAAAAUUUUAUCAUUGAAACUUUGACUGAAUUUCAAUGGGUACAUAAUUAUAUCAUUGAUAUGUUUCAUGCAAAUCAAUUACAACAUAAAUUUAAUCUAAACUGGAAAUUAUAUCUAACAAAUGCUCAAAUGAAUUACGUAGUAAGAUCAUUUCCUAUUUCGUUUAAUGAAAGUGGACAAUCUUGUUUAUGUACAACAUCACCUUCACGAUGUUUUCGAUCUGAAAUUAUUAGCUAUAAUAAAACGAUCAAAAUUCCAGGUAUCGUCUUUGGUUGUUUACCUAUCGAUGGUCUUCGUCAAUCAACAUUUGAAUGUUUCUACAAUUCAACAUGUAUAAAUCAGGUCGCUAACUUUUUUAAUAUGAAUAAUUUUCCAAAUGCUCUUAAUCAAUCAGUAUCAAGUCGUUUUUAUCCAAUCUCAUCAAAAAGAAUUGGUCAGUUAAUUGAUGAAUUAUUUAUUGAAACAUGGCAAAAUUCAAGUAAUUAUACGAAUUAUUAUAAUAAUUGUUCACCAUUAUCAUGUGAAUACAGUUAUAUAACAGGAAACAGUAUAAUAUAUAUGAUAACAAGAUUUCUUGGGUUAUAUGGUGGAUUAACUGUUGCAUUGAAAUUAUUUGCUUGGCAUUUUUUAAAUGUCUAUUGGAAAAUGCGUCGAUAUAUUAAUCAUCGUCAUCAAACAAAUCAUGUUGUUUCAUUUAAUUCAAAUUAA